CAGAUAUUCACCAACAACACCUAGCAAUGCUUACACGUGGCAGAGGGCUUGCGUUGGUGGGCGUGGUGAAUGCCGUACGUGUUAGUUCAGGCUUCUUUCUAGCGGCAGGCUUGGCGACGACGGUGGCAAGCCAAACAGGUUCGAACCACGUAAGCAACCAUCGGACUGGCAGCUGCAGCAGCGUCAUCAUGUCCGCGGAAGAGGCAGGUGCCCCCAGCACCGCUAGGCGAGUGCUGGUGACCGGCGCCGGUGGACGCACGGGGGGUAUCGUUUUCGAGAAGCUCUUGGCCAAGGAGGGUUAUGCCACGAAGGGCAUGGUUCGGACCGAAAAGAGCGCGAACAAUCUCAAGAAGAAGUGCAAGGUCGAGGUCCUGGACAGCAACAUUGCUAUCGCGGACCUGGCCACUCCCGGUUUGCUGGCGGCGGCCCUGGAGGGUAUGGAGGCAGUUGUGCUGUGCACCAGCGCCGUUCCGAAGAUCUACCCGUUUUCGAUCGCGAAGGUGAUGUUCAAGAAGAUGAUUCUUCGCUCGGAGGACCCGGGGAGGCCCAAGUUCUACUGGUGCGAGAACGGGACUCCGGAAGAGGUGGACUGGUUAGGCGCGAAGGCUCUUAUCGACGCCGCCAAGGCUGCCGGCGUCAAGCACUUCGUGUACGUGGGGUCCAUGGGGGGCACGCAGCCGGACAACUUCCUCAACACCAUCGGAAAGCAGGAGGACGGGACCGGCGGAGACAUACUGUUGUGGAAGAGAAAGGCCGAGGAGUACCUUAUCGCGUCCGGAAUGACGUACACGAUCAUCCACCCGGGGGGACUCCUAGACAAGGAGGGAGGCAAGCGGCAAUUGGUGCUUGACACGGAUGACAAGAUGCUCGAGAGGAAGUCUCGGAGUAUCCCGCGCGCGGACGUCGCACAGGCCGUGGCCACGGGAAUCGACGGCGUCAAGACUAGUAGGGACAGAUAAAGGUACUGGGUAGAGAGAACGGAACGUUUUUUAGUGUGAAAACAACAACUGCAACAAGCUUCGCGCCAAACUUUCUCUCCACCUUCUAGUUUCUAUGCGUUCGUGUGAUGUUGUCCCAUCCAUUGAUUUUAGGGUGCUAUCUAUGUUGACCGGCUCGGCUCCUCCGCCGAGACUCCUUUCGUUCGACGACGUCUCGCUCUCGCAUGCACGUACUCUCCUCUUCGACGUUGAACCCGUUUGACCGCUUCGGUUUCGAUCGUGCUGCUCGCCGUGCGCCCCUUCGACCUACUACGUUUUUGCCCCGUCUCACACACCCUACAUUACGCGUGCCGUGUUUGUGACCACCCUUGGUUCUGCUAUUUUGUCGUGCCGCUCAGCUCUGCGUGGAGUGCUUGGAGAUCGACGCCGCGAAAAAUCGGUCUUUCGAUGUAGCCAGCAAUGAAGAAGGAGAGGUAAAUUACUCGUGUUGUUCGUACAGUGAGUGUGUGGGGAGGAGGAGAGGGGCGAGGGUAUGGAGUAUUGAGUGCGACAAAUGCCAGGUUUUGACAACAGUUUGUAGUAUUCCGCGGGGUAAUGAUGGAGGAGAGGUAGAACUGCUGUUCCAGCACUUGAAUAUGCAGCUGCAACCCUGACAGCGCGACUGUUCCGGUAGACCACACUCACAUUGACAACUGUUUUGACCCUGGUAUUUCCGAAGCACCCCUUUCCCAUUUGG